AUGACGACGACCACGACAUCCAAGACCGUACGAGGUGAUGAAGUCGAGCCAAUACGUCCGAAACUACCGCUUAAACCACAAGUUGUGCGCAUUGAUGUGCUUGGAGAUGAGAAGGUGGGCAAGACAUCUCUCAUCUGCUCAUUAGUAUCGCGUCAAUUUAGCAAUAGGGUACCGAGUGUCCUACUCACUGUGCAGAUUCCGGCCGAGGAGAGCGAUGAAAACGUUGUUAUUUCCAUUACUGAUACUUCAUCGUGCGUGUCGGACUUGAUGCGUGUGACAAAUGCAACCAAGCGCAGUGAUGCUAUUCUCUUGGUGUACGACCUGACGAGACCCGAGACCUUCCAGAGGAUACGACGUUGGCUGGAUUUCAUUGCCAAGAGCAAGGAGAUACCGGUCGUGCUGGUUGCUAAUAAGGUGGAUAUUAACGCUGUCACACCGACCACAGAUGGUCCGUACGCGAGCCAAGUGCGACACCUGGUCAACACGUAUCCAUUUGUUGUGUCGGAGGUGGAAUGCUCGGCGAAGAACUUCACGCAAGUGGCACAGGCGUUCUUCUUGGCACAGAAGGCAGUGCUGUAUCCUGUUGCACCGCUUUACGAUGAAAAAAAACGACAAUUACAGCCCAAGUGCGUUAAGGCGAUCAGGCGAACGUUCCGUCUAUACAACCGCGAUCGUAGCGGUAUUCUUAGCCGAGAAGAACUCAAUGAGUAUCAAUAUGACUGUUUUGGUGUACGCCUUCUCUCCACGGAGAUUGAUACAUUGAUGGAAUACCUUUCGUCAGAAAUUCCGUCUGGAGUAGCUCCUGACCGCAGUGGAAUUUUGGUAGAGGGGUUCAUGUAUUUAUGGUGGCUUUUUAUCGAUCGCAAUCGGCCAGAAUCGGUCUGGCAGGUACUGCGAAGUUUAGGCUACAAUAAUGAGCUGCACCUAGAAAUUCCACCCGAACGGCUACAGCUACCCCCGUACGAAGAGGAUCAGUCUGCGCAGCUCACCCCUCAAGCAGUCGAAUUUUUGACAAACUUAUUCCGUCAGUUUGAUGCGAACAAGGAUAACAAUAUUGCAGAGAAUGAGAUUGAAGCAAUAUUCUCCAUUUGCGAAGACGAGUAUGCGCCUUGGGCGACUUGCUCAACUAUUUCGUCGCCACUGCUAUAUGAAAAGAUUAUGGUGGACGGCAAACCCACACUUUCGCUCGCAGUGUGGCUAGCUUGUUGGAGCUUUGUGGCUCAAGAAAACCCGCAUAAGUUUCUUGAGACGCUAUUCUAUCUGGGAUACAACGACAAGCUUUCUCCAGCAAUCGAGUUUGUGAAAGGUCGUAGUCUGACGCGCAAGGCAGCGACGAUCGACCGUAAUGUGGUCUCUUGCUACAUUUUUGGUUCAGCAAGCUCUGGAAAGGACCACUUUGUGCGCACAUUUGCUGGUGGGGAAGACAAAGCUUAUGCAGAUGACGAACAGUUUAUUUUACGUAGUAUCGGUGCUGUUUCGGACCGCGACAUGACGAAGUAUCUCUUUAUUACAGAAGCGUUGUCUGAUGACGAGAUUGAGACAAAAGCGGAUGUUUUGCUGUUGGUGUUAAAUCCUGAGGAUGAGUCGAGUAAGUUAUUUGUAGAGGAGCUGGACAAAAAGUUGCCUGCGUCGAUACCGCGUGUAGUUAUUAGCUACAAGCCGGAAACUCCAGAAGAAUGCGUGGUGGAUGUCAUCGAGAGCUCUAAUGAAAGCAGCGUCUUGGUGAAAGAAAAGCCCGUUGAUUUUGCGACUGACGCACUGCUGAAGCAGUACCCGACGUCACUCAAGUGUUACGAAAGACAUUGCGUUAAGGACAAGGUUGCUCGUAUCCUUGUGGCUACUGCCUUACGACCGCCUAAGAACGCGUCCUCCAAGUCGUCAGGGAUCUGGUUGCCUGGUCGAAAGACAGGCAUAAGCGUAAUUGGCUUGGCCGCCGCUGUGGCCGUUGUUGCGUUCGUUGCGAAGCCUGAGGCAAGUAAGGCCGUCGUGAAUGAUUUGGUGUCGAAGCUGCGACGUUGA